AUGUCCACAGCCUCGCCGGUGUCCAGCCGAAGCACAUACGAUGAGGAAAUGGAAUUUUUGAUGAACCCUGCGGCAGCUGCGUCUCAGGCUGAAGAAACACCUCGACAGAAAUCAACAGAGUUGAUGUCGCAGGAACAGUCACAGACUCACUACGCCGUGAACAGAGCGGUCACAGAAGCCAUGACAAUGGAGCACGCCGUUCGCGUCCCUCAUGCUUUGCAGGCGGCCACACGGCGCACGAUGCUUGACGUUCUCACACAAAUGCGGCGCCAAAAACAGAACGAUUUGGCUAACUGCUCUGGAGAAUACCUUGCCGAGAAGCCAUUGUACAAUGGGCUAACAGAAGAAAAACCACAUGAUAACCUGACUGUCACAGAUGAAGCGGCCUCAUUUCUUCUCGCUGACACAACCAAAAUGGGGGCAAACAAUGCAAGCACUCUUAAAUCAGGCCUUAGUCGGAGUCUACGGCAUCUUAUGCCUUCCCAGCGCGCUUUGCCAGGUGAAUUGGAACCGCAACAAUACACACACGAGCAAAGUAUGAGGGAAGACAGCAUCUCUGACUUUGAUGACGACAAUAACGUUGGUGGAUGUCUAAUACAGGCUCCACAAAGGGUUUCAAUGGAAAGACACUCUGAAGACGGCCGUUUUCUGCAACGCCACUCGUGGAAUUCCGCCGUCUCCGAGGAGGCCACAAGACGGCAUACAGAGCACAAACGUACAUGGGCAAAACUAUUUGAUUGUGAUGAUCUACACCAAGAGGAACUGACAGGGCAUGAAGAUCGAACCACAAUGUUGCCAGCAGAGAAGUGCACACGUGCGUCACGCACGUCCACGAAAUCAUCUCGUCCGAGCGCGAGUUCAUUUAAAGGCCUUUGGACAGAAAUUGAAGGUGGGCCGCGACAGACGACGGGUAGUCGUACAUCGCUUGCAACCCUACUAAACGAGGCUGAAGCCAAAGAUGAUGAAGCAUAUGCUCAGUCUGUGGCAGCUGCCGUUUCUGCCUCAAAUAGUGAUGGAAAGUCGUGCCGUUUCACAGAUGUAUUGGCCAACGAGGAAGCCGAAGAAGUUCGUAUGCCUUCCUGCCAUUUGGUUGGGAAGCCCAUGUUUUCCACCAGGCUUCCUACACAUGGCAGUAGCCCAUCGGUGCCAACAGCAUUUGCUGUGUUGCACGGUUCCACGAGGCGAGUUGGGAGUCGCGGAGGAACGAGCGCGGUGCUAAAACAGUUGUCGGAGAAUCCGAUAUCAGCACGCGUUGUUGCGUACCUGACCCGUUCCUUUGAGGAUUGGAAACUAGAUGCCGCGCUCAUACGUCGGGCGAAUGAAGAAGACGAGCCACAUAAUUUAUCCUUUUCUGGUCCCAGUUUGCUUGAAACUAGUGGCGUGCAGCUUAAAUUACUUGUGAAGGUGGUGGAAAGUGCCUUUUCUCUCUAUUGUAUACGAUGCGAGGUGGUCUGGGCAGAUGCGCAGGCAUCAAAGGAACUUUUUUUUGAUGCGCAUACGGCUGAUAGUAUGAUACCGAUACAGAAAGAGCAUGAAGAAGGAGAAGGAGGAGGUAAUGAAGCAGGAGUGGAGCAUAAAAUGAAAAAGUCACCUGUAACAUGGACGGUUGUUCUGACGGCAGCCACAUUCCGUGCCAUCCCCAUUGUUGUGGGGAACCAUCUUUACUUGGCACGGCCGUUUUUCUGCUAUCCUUCCAUCCGCGUCAUUGUUGCCUCACUAAAUAUUACUUCCGAUGCGGCUGUGCAAAGGCUGCAACCCACAGCCCGCCGCCAACGUCGUCCACGAGAUGCGGAUUCGUCGGAGCCACAAACCGGAGGCCGCGCCCAAAGUGGCGAGUUUUGCGGUGAGGAGCUGUCGUUUGGUGCGACAACACCCGAGCGAAGGAACAGGCCGUCUGCUUCUCUGACGGGCGUCUCGCCGUUCCGGGCGUAUGAUCCGUUUGUCAACCCACCGACAAAUCUGUUUUGCAAGAACAGCGUUGCUUUGGGUCCAUCAAAUCCAGUGUCGGAGAGAAUUCUGCGGCAGUCGGCCUCUAUGCCGCGUAAGACUACAAUGAACCUGGAGGGUGGUGCAUGUGGAAAAUUAUUGGCGUCAAGGUCGCAAAUGGUAGCACAUGACGUCAUUGGUGCACAAUUCCCCCGUGGCCCCGGUGAGGAGUGGGAUGUGCCACUGGAAGUGCUGGUGGCAUUGUGCCCACCUAAUAAAAGGACAAGCUCCGGCGAGCCAGAAGCGCAUCGUCGCAGAACGAACAACCUGUCCCUAACGCCUCAACGAACCCGCGACGAAAAAUAUUCCCCCCUCUCCUCCCUCUCAUCGAUUGACGUGGAAGAGCCUUCCCCCCUCGCUGAGGCCCAAGCCAGAGGUGGGGUGCCGCUAUGA